CACUGGACACACACACAUCCACACCAAGCCAUGUUGCUCUGGUCAGUCUGGAGUGCAGUUUUACUUCUGACCUCAGUGGAGGCUGCAGAGGAGGACGAUGAUGUCAGAGCAGGCUGCAGCACUGCUGUUAAUGACCUGGUGUACAUCGUCGACGGCUCAUGGAGCGUCGGCUUUGCUGACUUUGACACGGCAAAGCAGUGGCUCAUCAACAUCACCAGCCAGUUUGACAUCAGCUCCCUCUACACACAGGUGUGUGUGAUCCAGUACAGUGACACACCUCGUCUGGAGAUUCCACUUGGGAAACACCAGAGUGGAGCAGAGCUGAUCCAGGCCAUGCAGAGCAUCACUUACCUGGGAGGAAACACACAGACGGGAAGGGCCAUCAAGUUUGCCGUGGACCACGUCUUCUCCUCGUCGCAGCGAGUCAGCCAAGUGAAGAACCGCAUCGCUGUGGUGGUCACUGACGGCAAAUCUCAGGACGACGUGGUAGAUGCCAGUAUGGAGGCUCGAGCUCAGGGCAUCACUGUAUUUGCUGUUGGAGUUGGAAGUGAGAUCACCACUUCAGAGCUGGUGUCCAUCGCUAAUAAACCCUCGUCCACCUACGUCCUGUAUGCUGAGGAUUACACCACCAUCGACCGCAUCCGCGACUCUAUGAAGCAGAAGCUCUGUGAAGAGUCCGUGUGUCCGACCAGAAUCCCGGUGGCGUCUCGUGAUGAGAAAGGCUUUGAGCUGAUGUUGGGUCUGAAGAUUCAAAUGAAGGCUCAGAAGAUCGCAGGCUCUCUGGUUUCUGAGACAGCGUAUGAUCUGACUGCGUCCACUGACAUCACUGAAAACACCAGGGAGAUUUUCCCAGAAGGCCUCCCUCCAUCCUACGUAUUUGUAGCCACCCUGCGAUUAAAGGGCUCUUCUGCCAAACUGCCUUUUGACCUUUGGAGGGUGCUAUCAAAGGACGGCGAGAUCCAGGCUGCGGUGACACUCGAUGGGAAAGACAAAAGCGUCUCCUUCACCACCACUAAUAUACAUGCCAAAGAGCAAAGAGUUGACUUUAAAACUGGAUUUCAGAAACUGUACGAUGGAAAAUGGCAUCAGCUGAAACUCCUGGUGAGGCCUCACCAGGUCACCAGUUACCUUGACGAUCAAAUGACACAGGAAGUCAAGCUGGAACCGGUGGAGCCCAUUUAUGUCAAUGGGGAGACACAGGUGGCAAAGAAGAGAGGCGGUGAUAUCACUGUGCCUGUGGAGAUUCAGAAGCUGCGUCUGUACUGUGAUCCUCAUCAGAGUGAGAGAGAAACAGCCUGUGAGAUCUACUCUGUGGAUGAUGAAAGGUGUCCUCUGAACCGGACAGUCACACUGGAGGGGGAAGACUGUAACUGUGUCGUUGGCCCGCCGGGACGCAUGGGAUUCAGAGGAGAGAAAGGAAGGGAAGGACCUCCAGGACCUGAUGGUAAGCCUGGUAAGGCCGGGACUCCUGGAGAACCUGGUCCUGCUGGAUUACCAGGCUUGAAGGGUGAUGUUGGCCCUCCAGGACUGAGAGGGGAGGCUGGUCGAUUAGGUGAAAUGGGAGACAGAGGGGAGCCAGGCUCACCGGGAGAACCAGGGCCUCCAGGACCUAAGGGUCCUCCUGGAGCGAUGGGUGAACCAGGACCUCCUGGAGAGACUGGAUCAGUGGGAGGACCAGGACUUCAAGGCUCCAGUGGAUUACUUGGACCAACAGGAGCAAAGGGACAGAAAGGAGAUCCUGGGUCUGCUGGUCCUGCUGGAGCUCCAGGUUCCCCGGGAGCUCCUGGUGCAGUGGGCCCUCGAGGACCUGCAGGAGAUUCAGGGUCGCCUGGACCUCAGGGACUUCCUGGAACAAAGGGAAUCCAGGGGCCCGAGGGGCCGCCGGGACCGAUCGGCCAAGAUGGUCCCAAGGGGAAGUGUGGAGAUCCAGGAGUUACUGGUUCAUUCGGUCCACCAGGUGAGAGGGGCUUGGCAGGGGAGCCAGGUGUUCCAGGUCUGCAAGGUGUCAUGGGGCUGCCAGGGUUCAAAGGUCACAAGGGUGACAAAGGAGAUGAUGGAGCCCAAGGAAACCAGGGACACCGAGGCAGAGAAGGAGAUCCAGGGAUUCCCGGUGUACCGGGCGAAGUCGGACCCAGGGGGAGGAACGGAGAGAAAGGAGUGCCUGGUGACCUGGGUCCCAGGGGUGUGGAAGGAAAGAAAGGGGACAUGGGCCACACGGGCCAAAUGGGUGCUGUUGGGCCCAGGGGAUAUCCUGGCCAAGAUGGGUUGCCAGGCCAACCAGGUCAGCCAGGAUAUCCAGGGAAACCAGGCAAGCCUCCCUCAGAUGAACAUCUUCUAAAGCUCUGCUCCGAUGUCCUGCGUAACCAACUCCCAGCACUGCUUCAGUCUCUGGCCCCCACAGCUCACUGUGAACCCUGCCAGAACAUGAAAGGUCCCGCGGGCCAGCCUGGAGCACCAGGCCCCAAAGGAUCCAUGGGAACUCCAGGCUACCCUGGCAGGAGCGGCAGGAGCGGCUACCCCGGUCCUCCUGGAAUUCAGGGCCCUGCAGGGGUCAAAGGUGACGUGGGACCAAGAGGACUGAAAGGCAGCAAAGGAGAGGGUCACAGUGGAGCAGCAGGACCACCUGGACAGCCCGGAAUCCAGGGUCCCCGUGGCUUUGAUGGAAUCGGACAUCCAGGUAACCAGGGAAUUCCCGGAAAACCAGGAUCACCGGGACACCCUGGUAAACGGGGCAACCCGGGGCUUCCAGGGAUGUGUGAUGUGUCCAUGUGUUAUCAGACGUACAACCUCAGGGAACACUACAGCAAAGGACCUAAUGUCUGAGGAUGCAGCACGGAUCUGGACUUAAAUCCCUGCGUGGUUUUAAGGGAAGUGAUUUACUGUAUUAUGGAUUUACAGAGAUGUGUGUGGGACUGUUGACUCUUUUAUGAAAGGCUGCACCGGAGGCCAUUGAUUCAUGAUGAUGGAAUUCAUGGUCAGAGCAGCCUCACGUUUAAACAGCGGCUUUAAACAGAGAAUGAUAAACACCAAAGUGGCUGAAGCUGAAUUCUGCUGCAUUAUUUUCAUUUUAUUUGGUCAAACAUUACAAAUUAUCUACCUCCUGUUUUACCUGACUUUUACUUAAAGGACCAAUGUGUAGGAUUUAAUGAUGUCUAGGGUUUGUUGGACUGCAAUUUUCAUCAUUUUGUGAUUUAAAGGUGCAGACCUGUUAGCUCUAAUGUAGCAUUAAAGAACACGGCCAGUGUUUGUUAUGUCCAUUCAGGGCUUCCGUACAUCAGUUCAUAUAAAUUUGUUCUUUAACAUUGUUAAUAAUGUUUGUUGAUAGAUCCCUCCCUAAAUCCUACACAGUGGACCUUAAAUGAUGCAGAAGGUUUUGUUCAUGAGACAAAAUGAGACAGUGCAGGCUGGUUUCAACACACAAACCAGACUACAGUGAAUUCUAAUAAGAGGUCAAUGUGUGGUAAAAUAAAGCUUAUAAUAAUAUAAUAAUAAAGUCAUCAUGUAAAUUAGACAGAGUCUGAAGGAAGUCUGAGUCCACGUGUUUACAGAGCAGCAGUGGUGGAGAAUGACAGGACGUUCUGAACUAGGAUCCAUUUCUAUAAAAAACACAUUCACAUCUUUUGAAAAGGUUUAAAGAAC